AUGAAUUCCAGUGCGUCUGUCUUCCUUCAAGAAAAUGAGCUGGCUAUCGAGAUGCUCAUCAACGAGCCAAGAGAGUUCGAUCGCUUCCACGACUACUUCGGUCUUGCCCGCCUCGUCACUCCAGCUACUCCCGUCUCCAAGCCAUUCGUCACUCAAGCUGCUCCCGUCUCCGAGCCACACUUACUCCUGGAACAUGGUCAAGAAAUGAAGCAAGAUCAAGAAUUCACGAAAGACACCGGGUUCCGUCCCUUUACCAUCGACGAGCUGUCCCGAGAAAACCGUCCACAGCAAGCAAACCGCUGGGUGGUUCCCAAGCCGACAUGGUGCGUCUUCUGCAAGAAUAACGGCGAGAGCGAAGAGGUGUACACAUCCCAUGUACUAAAGAACAGCCUUGACGUGGUUGCCUGUCCCAGGCUACGAGCUUACACCUGUCCACUGUGUGGUGUCAACGGAGACACCGCACACACCGUCAAGUAUUGCCCAUCCAACCUCGGCAGCCUUCAUCCAGCUCCGGUCAAGAUUCAACCUCUUGGGGUGUACUUGAGCAGCAAGUUCAUCCCCUCUGCAGGAACCAGAAUUUCCGUCUGA